CUCAUUUGAGCGCACAGUCCCUUCCCUGUCUCGAUCCGCGCCACCUUUUCUCUCGGUCCGCGCGGGGCCCAGCUGACGGACCGCGUUGUUUACGGGCCAGAGUCGAGCCCUAGCUCCCGCCGCCGCCACCAGCCCAGGUGCCCGCCAGUGCGUGCGUCCCCUCUGUCUCAGAUUCUACACAACGCGACUCACCCAGAGCUGCACAGGGCAGAGACGCAGGGGCCCCGGGAAGGGGACACGCCGCGGUGAGCUCUGGACCCUGCGAUUGCAGGCGCGGGACCGGGCCUGGGUGACCCGGGGCUGUAGUCUGCGGGCCGCGCCGCCGCGUUGGUUGCAGCCGAGGCCUCUGCGCUCUUCCCGGGACUGUCCCCAGGGCCCUCUAGACUGGAUAGCUGCGGCUCGUGAGCCACCGUCGUGGAAGAGAAGGACGCGCGGCUCCCAGCGUCUCUCUGGCGACCUCAUCUCGGAGUAUGUCCCCUGCGGGCCGGCGUGGCGUGCUCUGAUAGCCGGGGUCCCCUGCGCUCCUACAGCCAUGGGCUCCGGGAGACGACGUGAGACAACGGCCGCGCCGUUGCUGGUGGCCGUGGCCGCGUUGCUGGUGGGCGCAGCCGGCCACCUGUAUCCUGGAGAGGUGUGCCCUGGCAUGGACAUCCGGAACAACCUGACCAGGCUUCAUGAGCUGGAGAACUGCUCGGUCAUCGAGGGCCAUCUGCAGAUCCUCCUGAUGUUCAAAACCAGACCUGAAGACUUCCGAGACCUCAGUUUCCCCAAACUCAUCAUGAUCACAGACUACCUGCUUCUGUUCCGUGUCUAUGGCCUGGAGAGCCUGAAAGACCUCUUCCCCAACCUCACGGUUAUCCGCGGCUCCCGCCUCUUCUUCAACUAUGCCCUGGUCAUCUUUGAGAUGGUCCACCUGAAGGAGCUGGGCCUCUAUAACCUCAUGAACAUUACCCGGGGCUCUGUCCGCAUCGAGAAGAAUAAUGAACUCUGCUACCUGGCCACCAUUGACUGGUCCCGGAUCCUCGAUUCUGUGGAGGACAACUACAUCGUACUGAACAAAGAUGACAACGAGGAAUGUGGGGAUGUCUGUCCGGGCACUGCUAAGGGCAAGACCAACUGCCCCGCCACCGUCAUCAAUGGGCAGUUUGUGGAACGGUGCUGGACACACAGUCAUUGUCAGAAAGUUUGCCCGACCAUCUGUAAGUCACACGGCUGCACGGCCGAAGGCCUGUGCUGCCACAAGGAGUGCUUGGGCAACUGCUCAGAGCCCGAUGACCCCACCAAGUGCGUGGCCUGCCGCAACUUCUACCUGGACGGUCGGUGUGUGGAGACGUGCCCGCCGCCCUACUAUCACUUCCAGGACUGGCGCUGCGUGAACUUCAGCUUCUGCCAAGACCUUCACUACAAAUGCAGGAACUCCCGGAAGCCUGGCUGCCACCAAUAUGUCAUUCAUAACAACAAGUGCAUUCCCGAGUGUCCUUCUGGCUAUACCAUGAAUUCCAGCAAUUUGAUGUGCACCCCAUGUCUGGGACCCUGUCCUAAGGUCUGCCAAAUCCUUGAAGGCGAGAAGACCAUCGAUUCUGUGACAUCUGCCCAGGAGCUCCGAGGCUGCACUGUGAUUAAUGGCAGCCUGAUCAUCAACAUUCGAGGGGGCAACAACCUGGCAGCUGAGCUGGAGGCUAACCUUGGCCUCAUUGAAGAAAUUUCAGGCUUCCUAAAAAUCCGUCGCUCCUAUGCUCUAGUGUCACUUUCUUUCUUCCGGAAGCUGCAUCUGAUUCGAGGAGAGACCUUGGAAAUCGGGAACUAUUCUUUCUAUGCCUUGGACAACCAGAACCUGAGGCAGCUCUGGGACUGGAGCAAACACAACCUCACCAUCACUCAGGGAAAGCUCUUUUUCCACUACAACCCCAAACUCUGCUUGUCAGAAAUUCACAAGAUGGAAGAAGUUUCCGGAACCAAGGGCCGCCAGGAGAGGAAUGACAUUGCCCUGAAGACCAAUGGGGACCAGGCAUCCUGUGAAAAUGAAUUACUUAAAUUUUCUUUCAUUCGGACGUCUUUUGACAAGAUCUUGCUAAGGUGGGAGCCCUACUGGCCCCCCGACUUCCGAGACCUCCUGGGAUUCAUGCUGUUCUACAAAGAAGCCCCUUAUCAGAAUGUGACGGAGUUUGAUGGGCAGGAUGCUUGUGGCUCCAACAGCUGGACCGUGGUGGAUAUCGACCCACCGCAGAGGUCCAACGACCCCAAAUCUCAGACCCCAAGCCACCCUGGGUGGCUGAUGAGGGGUCUCAAGCCCUGGACCCAGUAUGCCAUCUUUGUCAAGACUUUAGUUACCUUCUCUGAUGAACGCCGGACCUAUGGAGCCAAAAGUGACAUCAUCUACGUGCAGACAGAUGCCACCAAUCCUUCUGUCCCCCUGGAUCCCAUAUCAGUUUCUAAUUCCUCGUCUCAGAUUAUCUUAAAGUGGAAGCCGCCCUCCGACCCCAAUGGCAACAUCACGCACUACCUGGUCUACUGGGAGAGGCAGGCGGAGGACAGCGAGCUGUUUGAGUUGGAUUACUGUCUCAAAGGGCUGAAGCUACCCUCACGGACCUGGUCCCCACCUUUUGAAUCCGAUGAGUCUCAGAAGCACAAUCAGAGUGAGUAUGGUGACUCGGCCAGCGAGUGCUGCUCGUGCCCUAAGACUGACUCUCAGAUCCUGAAGGAGCUGGAGGAAUCUUCGUUCAGGAAGACCUUUGAGGACUACCUGCACAACGUGGUUUUUGUCCCCAGAAAAACCUCUUCAGGCAAUGGUGCCGAGGACACUAGGCCAUCCCGGAAGCGAAGAUCCCUUGAUGAGGUGGGAAAUGUCACAGCCACCAUGCCCACCCUUCCAGAUUUUCCCAACAUCUCUUCCACUGUUUUGCCAACGAGCCAGGAGGAGCACAGGCCAUUUGAGAAAGUGGUGAACAAGGAGUCACUUGUCAUCUCUGGACUGAGACACUUCACUGGCUACCGCAUUGAGUUGCAGGCAUGCAACCAAGACUCCCCAGAUGAGAGAUGCAGUGUGGCUGCCUACGUCAGUGCCCGAACCAUGCCUGAAGCUAAGGCAGACGACAUUGUUGGCCCUGUGACCCAUGAAAUCUUUGAGAACAAUGUUGUACACUUAAUGUGGCAAGAGCCAAAAGAACCCAAUGGUUUGAUUGUGCUGUAUGAAGUGAGCUAUCGGCGAUAUGGUGAUGAGGAACUGCAUCUCUGUGUCUCACGGAAACAUUUUGCCCUGGAGCGGGGCUGCAGGCUGCGAGGGCUCUCCCCAGGAAAUUACAGUGUUCGAGUCCGGGCCACCUCCCUGGCAGGCAACGGCUCCUGGACAGAACCCACCUAUUUUUACGUGACUGAUUAUUUAGAUGUCCCAUCAAAUAUUGCCAAAAUUAUCAUCGGACCCCUCAUCUUUGUCUUCCUCUUCAGUGUUGUGAUUGGAAGUAUUUAUAUAUUCCUGAGAAAGAGGCAGCCAGAUGGGCCAAUGGGACCACUGUAUGCAUCUUCAAACCCUGAAUACCUCAGUGCUAGUGAUGUAUUUCCAUCUUCUGUGUACGUGCCGGAUGAGUGGGAGGUGCCUCGAGAGAAGAUCACCCUCCUACGAGAGCUGGGGCAGGGAUCCUUUGGUAUGGUGUACGAAGGCAAUGCCAAGGACAUCAUCAAGGGUGAGGCCGAGACACGCGUUGCAGUGAAGACUGUCAAUGAGUCAGCCAGCCUUCGAGAACGGAUUGAGUUCCUCAAUGAGGCAUCCGUCAUGAAAGGAUUCACCUGCCAUCAUGUGGUCCGCCUCCUUGGGGUGGUGUCCAAAGGCCAGCCAACAUUGGUAGUUAUGGAAUUGAUGGCUCAUGGAGAUCUGAAGAGUCACCUUCGUUCUCUGCGGCCGGAUGCUGAUAAUAACCCAGGCCGCCCUCCCCCUACCUUGCAAGAAAUGAUUCAGAUGACAGCAGAAAUUGCUGAUGGCAUGGCAUACUUAAAUGCCAAGAAGUUUGUGCACCGGGACCUGGCAGCUCGAAACUGCAUGGUUGCCCAUGAUUUUACUGUCAAAAUUGGAGACUUUGGAAUGACAAGAGACAUCUACGAGACUGAUUACUAUCGGAAAGGGGGCAAGGGUCUGCUGCCUGUGCGGUGGAUGUCACCCGAGUCCCUGAAGGACGGAGUCUUCACUGCUUCUUCUGAUAUGUGGUCCUUUGGGGUGGUCCUUUGGGAAAUCACUAGCCUGGCUGAACAACCUUACCAAGGCCUGUCUAAUGAACAGGUGUUGAAAUUUGUCAUGGAUGGAGGCUAUCUGGAUCCACCUGAUAAUUGUCCUGAGAGACUCACUGACCUGAUGCGCAUGUGCUGGCAGUUCAACCCCAAGAUGAGGCCAACCUUCCUGGAAAUUGUCAACUUGCUCAAGGAUGACCUCCACCCCAGCUUUCCAGAAGUUUCCUUCUUCUACAGUGAGGAGAACAAGGCUCCUGAGAGUGAGGAGCUUGAGAUGGAGUUUGAGGACAUGGAGAGUGUCCCCUUGGAUCGGUCCUCACACUGUCAGAGAGAAGAGGCUGGGGGCCGGGAGGGAGGGUCCUCUCUGAGCAUCAAAAGGACCUACGACGAACACAUCCCCUACACCCACAUGAAUGGGGGCAAGAAGAACGGGCGUGUCCUCACUCUGCCCAGGUCAAACCCUUCCUAACAGCACCUUCUCAGGGAGGGAUUCUUUUCUUUUCUUUCUUAUUCUUUAAAACUCUUCCCUAGUUUGACCACCUCCAGGAAACUCAGGAUUAUCAGGACUCUACCCAGAUGUGAAACUGAGCUCAGAAAUAGUUCAUACACGUUUCUGUUUGUCUUUGACCUAAAAACACACAAGUGUGAUUGCCAGCCCUGCGAGCCUGUUAGAGGGGCUAACUGUGAACUUAGAGGGGUUGGUCCUGC